UUGAACAUUACUGAUUGAACAUGACAGUACACAUUUAUUGGAUACAGGUGGGCGAUAAGAAGAAUGGGGACUUUUUUGGACAGCUUUUUUCUGACGUACCUUAUACCAUAGACGAGUUUGGCUUAAGUUUGCUUGAUCUUGUUCCGCCCUGCCCGGCUCGUUUAUUCUGAGGUGGAAUUGUGUGCUGUGGUGAGAUAGAAGGCCAUCAUGAUGCGAUGUUACUUUCCCGUCUUGCUGGUUUGUGGCUGGCAGCUUGCUGCCGCUGUGCUGGAUUUGCAUACUUCACCGAACGAGAUCCAGCCUUGCACAGAUUUACAAGUGACUAUCGCUUGCAGUUUCUUUGACCACAACUCCACCGAGUAUUCGCGCCUCGUUUCGAUGACCAUCUCCCAACUGGGCCAGACGUCUUCUGCCGUUGACCUCGCCUCUGUGGACAGUUUCUCCGGUAGUCAAGUCCACACUCGUGACGUUCCAGGGGUCAGUGUGACAGGAAACAUCACUUCAACUGCUACUGAGGGUCAUCUAGUUCUGAAUUAUCCUGUGCUACACCUUGGAGAAGGCGGCCAUUUUGUUUGUGAAUCCACCAGUAUAGACUAUUUUGGACACGCCCACCAGGAGACAGCCACAGCAACAGUAGAGCAGAUCACUCCAGACGAAAAUCCCGGCAACACCAUUUCUACAAUAAUAUUGUCAGAGUUUAAAAGACUUUUGGAGAAAAGAGAUUACCUGACCCCAGGCUAUUACUCUUAUGAUGAAAAUGAAGUUGCCGCAUCAGGUACACACGAAGGGCACACAUAUCUUGCAUCGAAAGAAGCCCUAUCUUACGAGAUUGCUUGGUUAAAAUGCGCACAGAAAGGCGGUUAUCUGGCUGAGAUAAAUACACAGGAAGAGUAUAAUUUUGUCACGGGGUUCCUGAAAAAUGCAACCCAGGACCACCUACCACAUGGUCUGAGAUAUUUCAUAACAGGAGGAAUUGUGAAUGGCACCACUUUUCAUUUCAGAAGACACCCCGAAGACCCCAUGUAUAUUGUCUGGGCAUAUUAUGAGCCGGGCUAUAAUGACACACCCUGUUUGAGUUUGGACAAAGAAAAUUUUAAAUUCGCAGACACAGUUUGUGCUAAUACGGAUGUGUCGUCCCUGUGUGAACUGCCCUACUCUAUGUAGAAUAGAACACCAGGUGAAAAUUAAAUAGUCAAAGGAAAUAUCCGUAACAGCGUUUAGUACUUUAACCUGCCUACAAGUUACAAAAUUCUCUUAUUUCUGAACAACAUCCCAGCUUAAUAGAUACCAGAUUCAUGGACAGCUCCCAUUUACUUGAAGGCACAUAAUACCCAAACGAUUUGAUACACCCGAGAGAUGUGUAAUUUAUUUUAGAUAACUGAAAAUGUUUCCUCUAGAUUUAAGAUUUCUAAAUAAUUUGAAACUUCUCUGAGUGACUAUUUCGUUUCUAGCAUUUUUUGAUAGUAUCUAUUUUUGCUGUUACAUGAUUUUCUACAUAUAUUAAAUGCCAGUUGAAAGCUGUGUUGAUUUAUAAAAUUGUUACACAAGAAGGAGUCAUGACGAUGAUGGGGUAGAAGAAUACGAUGACGUAGAUGAUGAUUGUGAUAACGAUAAUGAUGAG